GACGCAAAUCAGUGUUUUAGUAGUCAAUAGCGACCUAGCAGGCUAGCUGUCGUUAGCUUAAAGCUCUCAUAGUUGUAUUUUAUAUCAGCUGUCAAAGGAGCACUCAUAGGAAAAUGUAUGUCCUCUACACGAUUAUUGCGUCUUUAGUCUCUUUUUUGACUUUGAAAUGGAUGAAAAAAAGGAGGUGUUGCACCGACAUGACCAGACUUGAUGGCAAAACAGUACUGAUUACAGGUGGAAACUCGGGUGUCGGCAAGGAGACAGCCGUUGCCUUGGCAAUGAGAGGCGCCCGUGUCAUCAUCGCUUGCAGAGACCUGGGCAAGGCUGAGAAGGCUGUGAGGGAGAUCAAGUACAAGAGUCACAAUCUGAACGUCCUGUACAUGGAGCUGGAUAUGGCCAACCUGCACUCUGUAAGGGAGUUCUGUAAGACUUUCCUCCAGAGAGAGAAGAGGCUCGACAUCCUGAUCAAUAAUGCAGGUAUGCCCGGUGUCCUCGACUGGACCGAUGACGGCUUCAGCAUGUGUUUCGGCGUCAAUCACUUGGGUCACUUUCUCCUCACCAAUCUGCUUCUGCCUCGCCUGAAAGAAUGCACCCCCAGCCGGGUGGUCACGCUUACAUGCUCCAGCUACAAGUACCAGAAACUGAACUUCCAGGACCUCAACUACAACCUGCUGCCCUUCUUCACUUACUGCCGCAGCAAGCUGGCCAACAUCUACUUCAGUCAGGAGCUGGCUCGCAUCACUGAGGGGAAAGGAGUGACCUCCUACGCUGUGCACCCUGGUUUUGUCCAAAGUGGUUGGACGUGCCACUACUCCACCCUCUUCCGCAUGCUCAUGCAGGUCAUCAUGUGGAUGUUUUUUGUGCCGUGUGAGGUCGGAGCUCAGACCGUCAUCUACUGCGCUGUGUCAGACGAAGUUGCCAAACACAGCGGGGGUUACUUCAUGGACUGCCGACCCGCCACGCUGCGUCCCUUUGCAAGAGACGCUGGUGUGGCAAAGAAACUGUGGGAGGCCAGUGAGAGACUGGUGAAGCUGGCCUGAUGGUGGAAACUGGAGGAAAUGAUCGUUUGUUUCUAUGACGAUAACUACUGAUGUACUUUUUUUUUUUUUUUUUACAUAGUUGUGUUUUUCAUUGACGUUUUUGGUUGUGUUCAAUGCAGAUGUAAAGAUUUAAUGUUCUUCUAUGUGCUUGUGUAUUUUAAGAAAUGCUUUUUCAUACCAACAUAACUUCUUUUUGUGGAUGUUGUUUCUGUACAAAUAAGAGACACAAAUAAAUAAAUUAUAUUACAAUUU